GUCGGCUGACCAACAAACGGCCCAGCAACGUUUCGCUCUCGGCGUUCUUCAAGAGGGAGCCGGCGGUCUCGCGGGUGUGGCUCUUUCUGGAGGAUCCGGAUUCUAGCAGUGCCGCUGGGUGGUACGCCUUGACGACGAAUUACCUUAUUACAGCGACAAUUCUCUUCACGAUCUGGCAAGCUGGUUCCGAGCCUUUCUUCUCAAAGGACACAGAGGCCUACAUCCAGCUGGUGAUCGAGGUGUUGAUGUGCAUGGAGUUCAUCACUCAUUUCGUCUCGUCGUCCUCGAAGAAGGCUUUCUGCAAGAAUCCGUACAACUUCAUCGAUUUCGCUGCCUUGAUACCGCUUGGAGUGCGAUCUGCCUACGGCUUGACGACCCCGGCUGCCGCAGAGAAUUUGAUAGCGCAUUCCAUACUGGUCUGCUACGUCCCUGUGGUUCGACAGCUGAAGCUCAUACGGCGGUUUCAGAAGCUGCAGCUUCUGCUGCAUGUGUUGUCCACCACGCUUGACGCCCUCAAGCUCCUUCUUUUCCUUGUGUGUUUGAUUGUGCUGUUCUUUGGCACGAUGCUCUACAUUGCUGAGCCUGUGGAUACAACCACGCUGCCGACCUACAUCUACUGGUGCACAGUCACUGUCACUACAGUGGGGACAUGCGACAUGGCGCCUGUGACCUGGUCCGGGAAGGUGAUGGCUGGAAUCUUGUGCCUCAUCAGUGUACUCUUCAUGGCAAUGCCCCUUUCCGUCCUGGGCAAUGCCAUGUCGAAGACGUGGGACGACCGACAUCGAAUUCUCCUGAUGACGCAGACACGACGGCGCCUGAAGCAUUUAGGCUACUGUGCAGACGACAUGCCCAAGCUCUUCAAGAAGUUCGACAGAGACGGAAAUGGCGAGCUGGAGAUGGAAGAGUUCUGC